GCGCCAGAAGUGGCGGGCAUUCUGGGUAGUGAGCUGUUUACUUCCGGCGAGAGAGGAAGCCGUGGCAGUAUUCCUGGCUGUUGUUCUUACUGUCGGAGAAGAUGGCCUUAGAGACGGUACCGAAGGACCUGCGGCAUCUGCGGGCUUGUUUAUUGUGUUCGCUGGUCAAGACCAUAGACCAGUUUGAAUACGACGGUUGUGACAAUUGCGAUGCAUACUUACAGAUGAAGGGUAACCGAGAGAUGGUAUACGACUGCACCAGCUCUUCCUUUGAUGGAAUCAUUGCCAUGAUGAGUCCAGAGGACAGCUGGGUUUCCAAGUGGCAGCGAGUCAGUAACUUUAAGCCAGGUGUGUAUGCGGUGUCAGUCACUGGUCGCCUGCCCCAAGGAAUCGUGCGGGAGCUGAAAAGUCGAGGAGUGGCCUACAAAUCCAGAGACACAGCUAUAAAGACCUAGCAAGAUGCAGGGCUGCCAGCAUCUUUGCUGAAUAAAUGGGCAGAACUUCAGAUACUCCCCACCCUCCAACUCUGAGACUUAGCAGACUGUUAAGAGAGCAGCACAUCAUGUCCCUGAGCCAUUUUUAUCUUUGGACUACUGGUAGAGGUGGGAGGGAUUUGGGUUGGUGGAUUCACAGAGACUGAAUUGAGGGAAGAGUAGGAUGCUGGUUUUCCUACCCAUAGUCCAGGGCUACACCCUUGCCCGUGGGUAGGACUAUACAUCAAAUGCCAAUAAAUAUGAACCUCUAGAAAAUUCUUAAGGCCAUGA